CUAGCGGGGAGAUAGAGGAUUUUGGAGAAGGCACUGUUAGUUUUAUUGGCAUUUUAUAAAAUGCAGUCUAAUUAAUACGACGAGCUUUAUAUAUAUUUAGAUUUAUAUAUACAUAUAUGAAUGUUAGGUUACAUACGAAACAUUGCAAAUAAUUAUAAGAAAUAUACAGUAACAACGUUUACAUUUUUGUCCUCCUUUCUAAGGCACGUUACUGUAUGAUUUGUACGUGGUCAUCGCGUUAUUUUGUGUUUUCCGUAGUAAUUCCAACUUUUCCUGGUGCUGCGGUGGGCUGCAUGUAAUGACAGAAGAUAAAUCACGGCUGGCUAGCUGACUUUAAGACUAGUAGUUACAACACUGAAUCAGCGCUGUGAGUUCCGGCUGUUUCUUGGCGUUGCAUUUGCUGAGGGCCUCACGGAAGAGAGAGGCGGCGAGACUUCAAGGACAUUCACAAAAAUACAGCUCGAGUCACUGGUGUUGGGACCGGCACGCUGACUGAUGUGAGGCCGGAGUAUGAACGUGAGAUACUGCUGCUGUUGGAGCCGGGCGUGUGUUAAACAAACAGAUGAAAAUUGUUCAAUUCUGGAGCCAAUGAUUUCAACAGUCUCCACCAGCCUUACAGUUCCUGACUGCAGGAGCCAACAAGAAUCUCUGGCAGCAUCACCAGGCCUGAGUGCUGAUGUCGUGGAUGCGAUGGAUGCUGCACUCCCGCCGCUGAGGGAGGCUCUGCGAAAACUGAAAGCGGCCACCUGUGUCUCUGAAACCAAGUGGGCAAUUGCUGAUAUCUUCCACCAGGUGGAGGCAGCAUGGGUCUUGCCAGCAGUGGGCAGAAAGGUAGCUGAAGAGAUCUGCCACACCAUCCGACUUGAAGGGGGACUGGACCUGCUUCUCCAGUUACUUCAGAGUGCUGAAACUGAUGUCAAGCGGGAAUCUGCCAAGUUGCUGGAGCAAGUUCUUGUGGCAGAGAACAGAGAUCGCAUAGCUCGGAUGGGUCUGGGUGUAAUUCUGAACCUGUCCCGUGAACGUGACGAUGCCCAGCUCAUAGUGAGCACUUCAGGGAUCCUGGAACACAUGUUCAAACACACAGAAGAGACUUGCUUUCAGCUAAUUACCAAUGGAGCCUUAGAUGCUGUGCUAUACUGGUGCCGUAGUACUGACCCAGCUGUUCAGCAACAUUGUGCUGUGGCUCUUGCCAACUGUGCUAUGCAUGGUGGCCACACCUGCCAGCGAUUGAUGAUUUCUAAACAGGCGGCUGAAUGGUUGUUUCCACUGGCCUUCUCCAAGGAGGAUGAGCUGAUACGUUUUCAUGCGUGUCUGGCUAUUACUGUGCUGGCUGCUAAUAAAGAGAUUGAAAAAGAAGUAGUCCGCUCAGGCACACUGGAACUUGUUGAGCCCUUUAUUGCUUCACUUGAUCCUGAUGAGUUUGCCUGCAAUCUCCUGCAAAAUGUAAAUAACACCCAAGGCAGAACGGCUGCUGACCUACAGCUCUUGAUUCCAUUGUUGGAUGGCUCGCGUGUGGAAGGGCAGUGCAUUGCAGCAUUUUAUCUCUGUGUUGAAGCUGGAAUCAAGUCACGACAGAACAAUACAAAGGUAUUUCAGGAGAUUGGUGCUGUGCAAAGUCUCAAGAGGUUGGUGAGCUACUCCAGAGAUGGUAUCACAUCAGGUCUUGCUAAACGGACACUAAGAAUGAUGGGAGAAGACAUUCCACGCCGCAUUUCACCCACUGUACCCAACUGGAAGCCAAGUGAAGUGCAGACAUGGUUGCAACAAAUAGGUUUCAUGUCUUAUAUUGAGCGCUUCCAGGGACUCCAGGUGGACGGGGACCUUCUGUUACACUUAACAGAGCAAGACCUCAGCACUGACCUUGGAAUGACCACUGGACUCACAAGGAAGAGGUUUCUCCGGGAACUGAGGGAGCUCAAAACCUAUGCAAACUACUCAACCUGUGACCCCAGCAACUUAGCAGACUGGCUUGGAGGUGUGGACCCCCGCUUCCGGCAGUACGCUUAUAAUAUGUUGCAGUGUGGCUUGGAACGAUCCUCCUUGCCAAGUGUCACUGAGCAGCAGCUUCAAACUGACUGUGGCAUCGAAAAUGGGGUUCACCGCUACAAAAUCUUAGAAGCUGCUAAAGGAUUAUCUCCGGUAGGCACGCCCAGCAGAACAGAAGAAUCACAAGCGGAAGGUCCAGAUGUGUUUAUCAGCUACAGGAGGACAACUGGCUCUCAGCUUGCCAGCCUGUUAAAGGUUCAUCUACAAGUACGUGGCUUCAGUGUUUUCAUUGACGUAGAAAAACUGGAGGCUGGUAAAUUUGAGGAUAAAUUGCUCCAAAGUGUAAAGCGAGCUCGUAAUUUCAUUCUGGUUUUGUCAGCUAAUGCACUGGAUAAGUGCAUGGGUGACCAAGACAUGAAAGACUGGGUCCACAAGGAGAUUGUUACUGCAUUGAAUGAUAAAAAGAACAUUGUUCCUGUUAUUGAUCAGUUUCAAUGGCCUGACCCUGAGAGCCUUCCUGAAGAUAUGAGGGCUGUCAUUAAAUUUAAUGGAGUCAUGUGGUCACAUGAGUACCAGGAAGCCACCAUUGACAAGAUUCUGCGCUUCCUGCAAGGUCGACCUAGUCAAGAUCUCGGAACCUUUCCCAAUGGUUUCCAAGGACCAGUGGUACUUCCUCAUGGACAGAUGUAAAAAUGCCCCUACUUGAGUUCAGGUGACCCACGGAACAGUGGUUGCCACAACACUUGUUCACCUUUUAGCCUUACCUUCCUUUCCUUAUUAAGCAUGCGCCUUCGCUGCCAGCUGUUUUAUCCUGAUUAGUCCUUGCUGGCUUUUCAGGUCUGUAAAUACCAAAAAGCCACCUGCGGUCCUUUUCUAAAGGAUUCAAUGGAACAGUCAUUGUAAUGCAUAUGUUCAUUUUGAGAAUUUUUCCAUAGUUAAAAAGGGCCAUCGGUAGAAAUUGGCAGUAUGUGCUGGUUUAAUCAAAAUGUGUACAGUAGAGGAUAUGCUGCCAUAAUCACCUUUAGAGUUAUAUGUGAGUCAGGCAGUGGGCUAACUGAAGAUGCCCCCAGGGAUCAGUGUUUUAUGGUGCUAAAUUAUGUAUGCAUUUGCAAGACAAACUGCAAAGGCACAGCUAAUAUGUUGUCUAGGUGUUCUGUUUUCUUGCUAUUCCAUGCAGUCAUAGUAUUUUAGAAUUUUUUUUUCCCUUGGACUUUUAGUGCAGUUUGUAUUUAAUACUGCUGAACAACAGAUGUUUGCCUUCAGUUUUAAUAUUAAUUGUAAAUGUUUAUGCACUUUUUUAGCCUGUUUUAAAAGGUUUUUUAUGCUCUUUUAUUCCAUUUAAACAUAAGUUGAAGAUUUAAGUAAGAAUUUCUGGAAUAUUAUGAAUGCUUAUUUUAAAAAAGCUUUUUCUUGUUCACUUUAUUCCUAACUCAGGUUUUAAUGUUUCAGUAAUUUAAGUGAAAUUUGUAGAUUUUUCUUAAAGGUGUUAAGUUACUUCAAAUCCCAUUUACUUUCAUUGUUACCAGAAUGUUUAAUUUAUAGAUGAGAUUUUCACUUUGUAUCAUUUAUGCAGCAAAUAGAGCGUAUGUUUAACAUCUUUUUGAAUACUUAAUGCAAACAGUAUGCAAAAGUCUCUAUUCAAACAGCCAAAAGCACUUGCGUUUGGUAAUUCUAUCAAGGUAAAAUCAUCUAAUGUGCCUUAUGGCUCACUAUACUUUGUGCAUUAGUGAUGUAUGUCAGCGGUGGUUCAAAGGUUUGAGUUGGUACUCAGAUGGUAUAAACCAGUUGGCUUCUAUUUUUAUUGUGAUUAACAGCAGUUAGUUUGCCCUGAAUACUUUAAUGUUAGUUUACAAAAAUGUGUCUUAAAUCUCUGCUUCAUGCGCUUGUACAGAUGGAGGUGUCCAAAACACAUUCAUCACAUUGCUUUGCCUGGUAAUAAUAGGUUUUAUUGCAUUGAUUUUUCACUUGAGUUUUCUGAGGCUGUUAUUAGUGAAGGUAGGUGAUUUUAUCUAUGAACAGUACUUUAUUUUUUAAAGACUAUGAAUGAGGGUAAAGUUCAACAGUAGUUUUUUGGUAUUUGCCAAGUUGACUUUGUUUACCAGCAGCAUCCAAAAAAUUGUCAAUUUGUGCAUGGACCUUUGGUGAGGAGCUGGUAUUAACUUGUAUAGUUGAAAAGGGACAUAAACUACUGUUAAGGGCAUCGACAGCAUGUUUCAUUUCAUGCAAAAGAAUAUUUGAUUUUGUGUUUAGGCUUAGAAGCAUUCAUUAACAUAUCACACUAAUUGGAUUAUUUUGCAUGAAUAUUGUCAUACUACAUUAUUAUAAAAUAAUAAAUACCAUCUGCUUUCCUUACCUUUUUAUGACAAAUGCAUUCUAUGGAGUGGGGUUAAUUCUGUGCUUACUUUCACAAUAACUGGAUUGUUUAACUCGACAGUCCUCAGGAUGAUAUUCAUGGACUUUUUCAUUUUUGCCACACUGACUGUUUAAAGUAAAAAGUAAAUGGUGACCUGUCGAUUUGAAAGAACAAAUACUCUAAUGAUAAGAGUGUCCAACAUGUUUAAGUUUUUCAUUUGUGAUCUCGUAAUAGUUUCAUGCUAUUAUUAUUAGAAAUACCAUUAAUGCCUGUACAGGCAGUCCCCGGGUUAUAUACAAGAUAGGGGCUCUAUGUUUGUACUUAAGUUGAAUUUGUAUGUAAGUCGGAACAGGUACAUUUUAAUAAAUGCUAUUGUUGACCGACUGUA